GCGCAUUCGUUGGGCCGGCGGCAUACGGGCAAGCGAGGGUCCGCACGGAACUACGGGUUCGUGGGGGUGUGGUGGUGGUGCUGUCAAGCCAUGUCCGGCGACGACGGCCAGUGGGAGGUCGUACCUUCGUAUCUCGACGUGCUGCGGGGCGUGUACAACGUGUGCCACUACGGACUCUACGUGACUAACGGCUCCGAGUCCGUCAGUGCCACUGGGCCUCAUCGACGUUCUUGGCCCUUCAUACCGCUCGAGGAUGUCUUCGUGGUCCUCGUGCUGGCCGUCCUUUGGACUCUGAUCAGGCGGUUGCUCACCGAUCGUGUCUUUAAGCCCUUGGGAUGGCGGCUCUCCCUAGAGCCAUCGAAUGUAGCCAAGUUGCCUGAGAGCGCCUGGAAGCUGCUCUACUAUGGAUGUGUCUGGCUGCUCACCGUGUACAUUGUGGUGCUCCAGGGAAAGUACCGCUUCUUCCAGCAGCCUUUCUCCGUUUGGGAUGGCUGGUCCCCGGAGGUGACUGUUCCUUCGGACAUCUGGUGGAUAUACGCUGUACAGUCUAGCUACUAUGUGCAUGGUAUGUAUGCCGUAUUGUAUCAAGACCUGUGGCGCAAGGACUCGGCCGUCAUGCUAGCACAUCACAGCCUAACAUUGGUGCUGCUCGGCAUGUCCUACACAUUCAGGUGCCACAACAUAGGUGUUCUAGUGUUGGUGCUGCACGACCUGUCAGAUGUGCUGCUCGAGUUCUCCAAGCUCAACGUGUACCUCAAGGUGCGGGCUGGCCGCAAGCACGUCGUGCACGACCGCAUUGCCUCCGCUGCCUUUGUCUGCUUUGCCAUCACCUGGUAUUUGAUGCGCCUUCACUACUACCCAUGCAAGGUGAUGUAUGCGGCCAGCACAGGACUCUUCGUCAAGCAGGUCUUUCCAGCACACUUCCUCUUCUUCCUUGGACUACUGUCGGUGCUUCUGGUCAUGAACAUCUACUGGUUUGGGAUGAUCGUGCUGUUUGCGGUGCGGGUUGUGACUGGUGACAUUCAGGAGCUGGAUGACACGCGCGAUUAUGAUGUGGUUGAGAAGAUGUACUCUUCGACUGCCAGCAAUGGCCAUCACCGAACGUCUGACGAAGCUGCAGUCCUGCGACCAGCGAGCCAAGAUGAUGCGGCCAAACCAGAGAAUGGCUUCCAGAACGGCUGGCAUGGAGGCUUGCGCGAGCGCCAUACGCAGCCGCAACCGCAGAAUGGCUCUUAGCCGACUGUGGUGGCCAGGUUGCACUUCCCCACUGUCUGUUAGACUAGGAUUGGCUGCCCUCUGAUCUGCAUGCCCAGCCCGGAAAAACACGACACCUUCCUUGUGGGCUGCGAGCAUCUGCUUGGAGUAUGGGGAGACCCGAAGGCCAGCAACCAUAAGUUGGUGCUUUGCUACUGUUACUCGAGGCACAUCACGCUGCUCUAGGUUAGGCAGCACGCGCGUGUUUAAGAAAAAGGCAUUCCUUCUAAUAUGUGGUUUGCGAGAAGGAGGAGUGUACUUAGCAACACACCACUGAAUGCCGCCGCUGCAGCAGCUCUGCAACAACAUUUGUGCAAUGUUAGAUACAAUGUUAUUGCGUGCACUGCCUUGCGCUUCCGAGAAACACUAACACUUGGCUAUAGGAGAGUUUUGAAGUAUUACGCUAUUUCUGUAUGUUCCGCGUGGUCUCCUAUUGAGAGAAGCACACUUUUUAAGGGAUUCACAUGUUUGAGUGUGUUUUUUGCCUACGUCAUCUUGAGCAAAUGGUACGGUGCAUCUCUCGGAUAUGCCAUGCUUGGUUUGAAAUCGAAAACCACUGGCCAUUGUGGUCCUUUGGUCUCGUAGCAGCCUCUGCAAGGCACCUUGGCACAGUUGCUGACAGCAGGCAAUCCCACGGACAGCGAUUAAGGAAGGAGUGGCACUUGGAGGAGAAAACUUGACAAUUUGAGAUGUUUGAGUGGGCAGAGUUUCUAAUCUAUUCUAAUAACGGACGCUUUCUCGUGUCCAAAAGAGUGUCUUCGCGUGCGAUACCUAUGCACACACUCCUCCACUGUGCUAGAUGACUCGCUAACGCACUCAAACCAAGGCACUGGAAUCAAAGAUUGAGUCUGAGUGUUUGCCUAGUUAACUCUUCAAGAAUGUACAGUAUAUCUGAGGAGCUAUGUAAACUAGGGCACGAAGCUUUCUUGUGACUUUGCUCUUUUGCUUGUGCGGCAUGAAAGGACCGUAACGGCAUCAUUGGAUUGUAUUUUUUGAGUGUUCUAAAUCUCUUGAAAGGCUGAUCUUGUUUUGAUCAUCAACAAGGAGGGCAUUCUGGCUACAUUUAGAUGAUCAAAUGCAAAUACCCAAUACCUGAUCAAAGCGCUUAGAGGGUACAUCAAAUAUCAGCAUCAGAAUGGCUUAGGGCUUAGAGCGAUAAGAAAAUUUGCUUGUGCCUUUGCUUGUUGUUCAGUAUUUUUUUUCUCUUUGUUUGCUCUUCACCUUUUUAUUACUUCUUUUUUGUCGCGUCCUAUUCUCUUCGAUUUUCUUGUGUGACGUUCGAAAUGAUUGUUUCUAUGUAUGCAUUUGCGCAUUUGGUAUGUUAAAUUUGAUAUAUUUUAACCCAAGGUAUAGACGUUCGCUUGGCGGCUGGAGGCUUGUGCAGGGCCAAAAUUGUGUAUUCUACAGGCUUAGUGAAAACUGCUUGAGCUUCUUGCUAGAAGCAUCCACCACACUUUCUCGAAACCAUCAUCUCGGUGACUGCAUUUUUGAUAGAAUGGCCUUAAGUGCUCAGGCAGAACGAAUCUGUCUGCUAUUUUCUCGUUAACUGCAGUGCAGCAUCUUGUGCCUGCGUUGUACCUCUAGCUAUUUCUAGACAUCUCAUGGGUGUGGUUCGUUUUCAUAUAUAUUUUGAGAUAUGAAAUACAGCAGCUUGCUUUUUUGUGGUCAUUGAAUUUAGUACCAGGUAUCUUGCUGAAUGUUUUCUGAUGGCAAGUUCUCUUCAGUGUUCAUAUGCGAGUCUGGUGUAGCAAGAUCAGCGUGAGAAAAUACAAAAGACUGCAUUGAAAACAAUGCUUUUUGCUGCUUUUAGGGGGCAGUUGCAACAUCAUAGCUUGUUUAGUGUUGCACUACUGGCAGCUACUCGGACAUUUGGCUCUGUCUCAAAGUCUACAGGGAAAAUUCACAUAAUAAACACUAAAUAUUUGUGCAUUGUGUAAUAAUCCAAUGCGUUUGAGGUCACCGUGAGCUGUGUGUGCUUCAGCAACAACAUCACACAAUGUGUGCAUUCUCAUUUGACCUUGUAGAGUCAUUAUGAUCAGCAUAAUUAAAUACAAUUGCAUGUGUAUUGCAUUCAAAUGUAGGUGGUACCUUUUGGUAUAAUUUAGUUCUUAAUGCCACUCUCCAUGUUCUCAGUGCAGCGGUAUUUCAGAUUGAUGAGCUAAUUUCAGCAGUCACGAGAUAUUCGUUAUAUUGAGAUUUAACUGUACGCAUUCUUCAAACCAGCACGGGAACCAGGCACUGCAUGGUACGGGUCUUUGUAUUAUCCAAGGAGGCCAAGCAAGCUUUUUUCUUUGCUCGCACCGACCUGUAGCUGUUGUUUCACUUGCAAAAUGUCCUGGUUUGGUGCAUCUUCGUGGAAGUAGACAUUUUCCCCAUUCUCCACUAAGCUUUCGUCUUGAUACCAGAAACUUACUGCUGGCGUCAAGAUAACACUUGUUGCAAAGAUUGCCAUUGAGGCUUUUAGAUCUCAUGGUGGCCAUCAGAGUUGCACUGUCACGGCAACAAUGGCUGUCAGUCUGCAUGGGAUAGCAUAAACAAGGUCAAGAAAGGAAGGUAGUACAGGCACGUUCUCCUUUCCGACUUGCGCUGUCUUCAGUAAAUGCAUAUGAUCUAGCCAAUCUAUGCUCUCUAUCCGUCCCCUGCUUGGGGAUUCAUGCUGUGAUCUCGAUUCUUCUGGGGUUCACUUCUAGUAUACAGAAUCUCCCAUUACAGCGUCAGACGGUAUGCUUAGUUCGCUAUGAUAUAUUAACAGCAAUAUCGCGGCAAACAUGUUGGGUACCUUGCAGUGAUUGAUGUAGGCUUUCAUAUCCAAUGGUUGCACCAUUCGCAACAUCUCUGUUAUUUGGUAUCUCUGUUGAUAUCUUCUUUUUGCGGAAUAUUCCAUUCAUUCUGCGUAGUUGAGUGCUAGGUCAUGCCCUUUGUUGCACUCCAUUAUCGGAGAAUCUCGAGAAAGCAGAUUCUAUUAUUCUGUCGCUUUCGCUAUUUUUAGGUAGCACUUUGAGCUGUCUUGCUAUGUGUUAAUCGUAGCCUAAAUGCUACGUUGAUUCCCCCACUUCAACAUUUUGCGGCGACAUUUCGAAACAUUGCACCACAUCACUCACUUUCUCUAAUUUUUCGUUCUUUUCUUUUUAAUCGCUCUCUUUUGAUGUGUUAUCACGUAACUAGGAGUAAAUUUAUCAUAGUUUUGUUACAUCUACACAAACUCUCUGAGAAAAGCCUAGAGGGAAUUGUGAAUUAGCUUAUGUAAUGAGUAUGGAAUAAUUUUCUAAGGUGACUGUUGGGAAUGCUUUCUAUGAAUGGUACUUUCUUGUUUGAUGGUCACAAAAGAGGUCACAAAAAGUGGGAUUCACCUUGUGUCAGUGAAGUAAGAAAUAUUGCACUCCCAAAAAUUCAAAUUUGCCACUUAUAGUACUUUCUUCUUCCAACGGUGAAGUGUUACACUUUUUAUCAAAAUGUAGUUUCAUUAUGCAAUCCAUUUUGGCAGCUAAAUAUUAUUCUCUAAAGGUUUCAUUUCAUAUUCACAUUUUUGAUGCCUCAGUUCUAAAAAAAAAAAUAAGCAACACACAGUGGCCCUCAUAACGAAGUGAUACAACCAAGAAAUUUGUGCAUUUGGUGGAGACAAAUUUAACUACUGUACACGUAAUUUUAUAGCAUUGAUUUUUCUCUGCUACACCAUGCUUUGCUUUUUCAUGAUAUUCAAGUGAAAAUGGUGUCAGAACUUACAGAUGAAGCAGUGGACAAGCAAGCGCCAGGAAUUGAAUUAAGAGCAGGAGACGUAGGAAUGCGGUCAGGUUUAAUUUUGCCAUUGUUGGCCACACUGAUUCUUGUAUGUCCGCCUCGGACAGACUAGUCCUACUUUAAAUGCUUCUGCUGCUGCAAAAAAACUGAGCCAGUUCUGACUCUUUUGUAGAGAAUUAGCACGAGUUAAUUAGGGGGUAGGGGGCAAACUGCUUUUAGUGGCAUCUCGUGUUCAGUAAUUUCCGUUAAUUAAUAUAGAUGUCAAUCACCUCGUUUAAAACAUUUGAAGGUGUGCCUUGUAGCUGAGUAGGUGCUUCGCAUUGUUUUUUAAAUUCAGUAUCUGCUGUGCGAUGCAUUGGAAAUGAUGCAAGAGCUGAAAAGGCUUUUGUACAGGUCUGCAAGAAAAGUUAGUGUACAUUUCCAUGAUAUUUUCUUAGCUGGACAUUCUAUACAUCAGUUAACAACGUGGCCAGUGUCGACAGGCUUGUGCUUCACGUUUAUAUUCAGUAGAAAUUUCAUUCAAAUUAGUACGAUAAUUUCAGCUGCAUAAACUUAAAUGUGCACGUUGAGUAUAUAUAAAGGAAAUGUUGGCAGGCUAACCCUUUUCUCAGCCGUUUGAAGGUUUCAUUCCAAUUAACCUGGGUGACAAUACUACAUAGCUCGAGUGCUAAAUGUACAUGGAUGCCACCUCUUGAUCUUAAUAUUCAAGAUGGCUAGGGUCCCCCGGGGUUCCGCAGUACGCAUAUUACCAGUGUGCUUGGUCUGCCUGUCAGCACGGUUGGCCAAAUUGUCUCGAAUGGUCACGCCAAGGUAUGUGGAGUAGCCUCCACACUGGUGCUGCCCCGGAUUCGCUCCGGGGCAAACCUGGAAGUGCGCUGCGUGCCUCGCUCGGCCUCCCCUCUCGGCAACAGGGUGUACUGCUGUGCCUGCAGCCUUUACAGCUGCACCGCAUAUACAUUGAGGCUUUCUUGGGCCUCCUUGGCUUGGCGUGGUGGCUGGGCGCGCUUGUUGUUAGGUGCUAGUGCUCGCACUCGGGUGCGGCAGCUGUUUGCUGGAUGGAGUGCGCUGUUCCUGGGACACUUCUGUUUCGAUGUUUUUGGUGGUUUCACUAGAACUGGGGCAAGGUACUUUCUUUUUCUGCAUCUCAUAAGCAUCAUGAUUUAUGUUUGAAGCAUUUUUCUUCCUGAGAUUUUUUUUUGUGUGCGCGAUUUCGGAAGGGAAUUGAGCCGCUUUGAGGUGCUUACAUGUGUCGUUACCCUCUUGAAGGGGCGCUGAAGUGAAAAAUCAAUUCAACUGUGUUAUGAUAAACUCCACUUCUGCUGAAGAGAGAAAAAAAAAAAAGAAAAGAAUAGACCAGUAUUAUUUUUUAGAAGGCUGAUGAAACUUGUGUUAACAUCACUUUCGAUGUUCCUGCAGCACCUCAUCAUGAUGUGAUAGAUUUUGACAACUAUUUGGACCGUUUUUUUUUGUCACUAAAGUUACUCUGAGUUUUUUUUUUAACUAGAAGCUGGAGACCGAGCUUAAUAUGUUUUAGAACCCUUACGUCAUCAGGACUGCUCAAAUUGAAAUAUAAUUGACCACCACUGAGGUCUCAGCAUAAAAUUUCAAAAGAUUGUUGAGUCCUCCUUCGCUUUUAUUUAAAUCUUGUAAUUCGUGUGCUGUUGCAAAAUUAACCUUAGUGCAGCCUUUGCGUGAUGCUUUCUUUGUCAGAAGUUUUCUAUUUAAUGUCCCUUUGAUUGCAUCCAGUAUUGUGUGUUUUUGUAUUGAGCUUGCCCGACUGCAUUUGUUCUGCAGCCUGAACUUGUAAAAAGAGUGGCCUAUGCCAAGUCCUUUUAAAAAACAUGAAAAGUUUCCUGAAAAUUUUCAAAUGAAUAUGAUAAAGGUUAAUGUGAACAGCCGCUGUUCAGCUAUGUGCAUGAAAUCAAUAGGUUGAUGUUUGUAGAGAAACUCAUUUUCACCUCGUUAUUUCAUUCACUUUGAGUGGGGUUCACCUCGUAGGCAGGGCUUUAAACUAGCUUCCUAGUGCUUGGUUGCUGUACUUUUGCAGCCAAUAUUGCCUGUUAUAACUUUAGGACAACUAAUGUCAUUCUGAGGCGACAUUUUCGCCAUGUUCCUUGGUGGUUUCAUUGUUUCUGGGGCAUCAAGGUUGCUUUUUUUAACGUGCAGAAUUUUAUAUGCAUGAAACAUGCUCAACAAAUUGAAUGCAUCUGUAGUUAUCUAGGAGAAGGAAGAAAAGUGUUUCAUUGUAAUGCUACCAGAUAGCUGGCACCAUUUUUAUUGAGGCAAGUAUUCAGAAAGCCUUUUAUAUGCACAGUACUCGUUGUGCAUUCACUGCUGAUGAACAUUUGAUAUCAAGUGAGAACAUUGAUUGCGUGUUUCAUUUCUACUGCACUUGCACCACAUGGGCUCGCCUCCAUGUGAGCUGCUCUGUAUUCACAAUCUUUGCACAGCAAUAUGAAUGCAUCUGUUUUGAAGUGUAAAUGGCAGGCUGCAUCUUUCCUUAAUAGGAGUUGUUUAUGAAGCUUCCUCUUGCGUAUACUAUACCCAAGCCAUCUAUUGCUGAGAGUGGAUCACAUAUCGUAAUUUCGUUACCUUUACUCGUAGAUGGUGGUUUGCUUCAGUUCGCCUUUGAGAGCCCCAAGGCCUCCCUGGGAGCACAUACCGUUGGAAUUAUUUAGCGUUGAGCGUGUACCUGUCAUUACUUUAGUAGUUCUACUUGUUCUUGGUGGUAGGUGGGCACUGGUGUGCUUUGUACCUGCUUUUCUUAGACAUUUCUUUUAGCACCGGCCCUGUAUUUAUUGGUAAAAAAAAGAGCUCAAUGUCAGCCCAGCUUGCUUCCUUUGCUGGUUUCCGAGAAGUGGUCUCUCCUUGUGAUGAAACACGAUGCCUUGUUAGGAAACCUUGGACUUGUGGGAAGGCUGGCUGGCUUUGUGUGCUGCUCUGCGGUGUGCACAAACUUCACAGAGGAGAUGUCAAGAUGAAAGUGCCCCGACGGUGGUCAGCUAUUUUGGUUUAUUUGGCCACCGCCAACGCGUGCACAUUUGUGCUUUGCCUGAUGACUGCUUUGCUGCUACAGGGGUUACGCAUGCUGUAACUAUGACCGGCAGGUGUGCCUGAUGGUAUGGCAGGCCCUGUGCAGAAAGGAACGUGAUGCACAGGCAUGGCAAUGUCAAUCCACAGGUUGGCAAUGUGUGGAAGCGAGGCCAUAGUCAUGAGUAUCACAGAAACUUACUCCAAGGUUCAUGCCCUCUUUCAUGUUAUUUGGUCUCUUAGCCACACCGGGCCAGAAUAGCGUUUCAAGUAAGGCUAUUGCACAAAAAUAGGAAUUAUGUGGUGCACUCCUACAAAACAUUGUACCCAUGUUGCAUAAUUUGCGAUUCAGUGCAGUUGUACAAAACAGAAUGAAAUCGUAGAAAAUGCAUGUGACAAGCGUGAAUAGAGUAACACUUUGAUAUUGGUAAUAGCUGUUGUUUGGACACCAUAGCAGAGGCAUCAACUUUCUCUAAGCAUCUAGCCCUAUUGUUAGUAGGGCACUGGAGUCAAGUAAAGACAUUUAAAUUUGAGCAUUAUGUUAUGAAAAUUAGUGGCACAGUUAGGUGACAGGCAUUGCCAGGAAGCAGGGUAAGUUGAGUGUUCAACCACCCAGAGUUUCUCAUUCGGAAUGUGUGCGUGCACACAUACACAUGGAUACAUAUAGAGGUGUCCGACUCGUCUGUUUACUUAGAUUUUGGCUAUACUGUUUUUAAUUGGUGCAAUGAUUUUGUCUCUGUAGAAGUCUAGUGGCAUAAUUUAAACUGUAUGACGCAAACUGCUAGCAUUAAAGAUGUGUGUGUUUGGAUGAGCAUCUGGUGCUGUUUGUUUUCCUUGAAACAAGUUUGCUUCAGUGGUGUCUUCCCUCUGCAGGCUUUUCAGAGCUUCCAGCAUUAAAGCACACUCUUGGUGAGGUUUGGGUGGUAAAUGCAUCUGCGUUUCUGCUCAUCAUUCUUGCCAGUUCCAUUCAGCCCAGGGCCUGUCGUACUGUGCACAUAUCGAAAUAUCAGAGGCUGUGACAUUGAAUGCUACUACUUCCAUAUGUUGCACUAAUCAUGUUUGAUCAGUGCGCAUGUGCUGUGCUUGUUGCUUCUUGAAUCAGUUGCCGUUUUUUGACUGCCUGCCUUUUUUACCACCGCAGUGAUCGAUGAUGCAGAGCUGUAGAAAAAGAAAAACAAACAAACAAAGCUAGUCCGACUUUUCUCAUGUGUGCAUGUGUGUAUGGGCUGGUUGAUACAUUUUGUGUGUCACCUUUCUCUUUAGGUGUCUAUGGUAAUUCUUGUUUUUUUUUUUCUCACAUUGCCCCCUAUUGUUAACAAAGUGUUUACGAAAUGUGUGUUUUAAGAGAGAGUUUGUUCUUUGAGCAUCGGUUAUUAAGACCCAUUAUGUGUAAGGUGUGUGUGCUACUUAUAUUGCUAGCACGGGAACCAAGCGCGUGCUUGCAGUGUACGCAGCAGCGUGUAUUUUUCUUUUUCUUCUUUGCCUUUUGCUGUUUCUCCUCGCGUGCAUACUGAAGCGUUAUUUCCACAAGACACGGCAUCCAAAGCAUUGGAGCCUUUUGAGAAAAUAAAUACGUACGUACAUGUCA